CCUCAGCAGCGUGCAUGUGCCUGAUAUCACAGAAGGCCAUCCCAGUGACUGCACGAUUUUAGAGAGCAGGGGACCGUUGAUGAUGGGUUGACCUUUGAGAUUCACCUGAAAACCUAGAGAAGAUGGAAACCAGAAAAGUGCUCCAUUUUGUGCCAUCUGAUGUUCCACCUACUGGGAUGUCCAAGAAUGGAUAUGUUUUCCAAGAGAUGGAGCUGCAAGCUGGAAAACAAGAGGAAGAUGAGAAUUUCACAGAUUCAUCUGCCCCUCACAUCUAUCAGCAAACAAUCCCAACUGGGAUUUCAGAUCCGGAUGGUGAAGGGUUUGGGCUUUUAAAUACAACAAGAAAAUAUGUAAAGCCAAUGGACUUCCACGAAGAAGUGCGCGCCCACAGAGACCUGGACAGCUUUCUGGCUCAGGCCAGCAUCCUAUUGGAUGAGAAAGCUGCCACUCUGGAUGAGGUCUUGAAGCGAAUGUUAACCCACGUGGUGGAGGACAGUCAAGGGAACUGGAAUGUGGACAAGGUCAUGAACUUGCUGUUCACAGACGCAGGAGGGAAAGAGUUCACUGUUCACCUUCUGUCCGAGACCAUUCAGGGUGUCAGUGCGACUUCCACCGGGAUUCAUUACCAGCAGUCCUGGCUUUGUAUUCUCUCCAAUGUGAGGAACCUCCAGAGACGUCAUGUUUGCAUUGCCCGUCUGGACAGGCCACAAAACUGGGGCGUGAACUGCUGUGAGGCUCGUUAUGUCAUUCUCAUCCUCGCCCCUCAUAAAACGAAAAGCACCAAGACGGCCAUUGAACUCGGCAGAACAUUUUCCACGUUGUUCUCCGACAUUUCCUUCAGGCAGAAGCUUCUGGAGACCAGGACCCAGGAAGAGUUCAAACAGGAGCUAAUUUUCCAUCGACAGCAGCUCUCUGUAGCCACUGAGAAGCCAGUUGUAGAAGAAACGGAAGAUUCAGACCCACGUCGGGGAAAACCGCUUCAGUGCAAAGACUUUUUCAAAGCUGGAAAAGGAGUUUAUGAUGACCUCCGUCGUCGACUCCCCCUCUACCCCUCAGAUUUCACCGAUGGAAUAAUCGGGAAGGACCGCUGUCUGCUGAAGUACACCACAACAGCCAUUUUCCUCUACAUUGCCAUUUUACUGCCGGCUAUUGCCUUCGGUUCACUGAACGAUGAAAGCACAAGAGGAGAAAUAGAUGUUCAAAAGACUAUUGUUGGACAGAGCAUCGGAGGAGUGAUCUAUGCUCUGUUUGCUGGCUCACCACUUGUUAUUCCGCUGACCACUGCACCACUGGCCAUCUUCAUAAGUGUGAUCAGGGGGAUCUGUGAUGACUACAACCUCGACUUCGCCACCUUCUACGCUUGUAUCGGCUUAUGGAACAGUUUCUUCCUCAUCCUUGGAGGUCUGUUCAAUGUCAGUCUGCUGAUGAAACUUUUCAAACGCUCAACAGAAGAAGUCAUUGCGCUAUUCAUUUCAGUUGCAUUUGUUGGAGAUGCAGUGAAAGGCACCGUCAAAAUUUUUGAACACUUCUACCACGGGCCCGUAUUGGCGACCACAAACAGGACAGUGGUGCUUCAGCAGAUUAAUGACAUUCUGGACAAGGCGAACGUGACCCUCUCAGUCCUUGAAAACCAGAAUAAAACCACACCCUUGGUGACAGACACAGGACACUUUUCUGCUUUCCUACCUGAGUCUCUAGUGUUGUGCACAAGGGAAAGGCCCAUCCUCUGUCUGCUGCUCAUGCUGGGGACUUUGUGGCUGGGUUACACUCUCUUCCUGAUCAAGAGGAGCCCAUAUCUGAAUGAUAAAAUCAGAGAGGUGGUGUCAGACUGCGCUUUGCCCAUCUCUGUGGUGAUUUUCUCCUUCAUUGGAUCUUAUCUUUUCAUUGACAUACAGCUUCCACAGUUCAGUGUGCACGAUGGGCCUGUCUUCAACUACCCCCCAUUUGACAAGCUGACAGGCUUGAGCACCCUCAGUGCUGUGGGGCUCGGUUUCCUCCUCGCAUUGCUCAUCUUCAUAGACCAGAACAUCGUCAUUUCGCUCACACACGUGCCAGAGCACAAGUUGCUCAAAGGCACAGCGUUCCAUUGGGACUUGAUGCUGACUGGCUUCAUCAACAUCCUCAUGUCCUGUCUGGGGUUGCCAUGGAUGCACGCUGCUUUUCCACAUUCUUCACUACAUGCCCGUCAGCUUGCUAAAGUGGAGACACAUGUAGAAAACGGACACCUUUAUACUACCAUAGUAAGUGUGAAGGAGACACGUCUGACCUCGCUGGUGGCCUACAUCCUGAUCGGUUUGUCAGCAUUCAUGUUGCCCAUUCCUCUACAGUGGAUCCCCAAACCCAUCCUCUAUGGCCUCUUCCUCUACAUCGCUGCCACCUCACUUGAUGGCAACCAGAUGGUGGACCGCAUGGCACUUCUACUUAAAGAACAGACGUCCUAUCCUCCUACCCACUAUAUUCGCCGUGUACCUCAGAGGAAGGUCCACUACUUCACAGGAAUGCAGAUGAUCCAGCUGAUCAUCCUGUGUGCCUUUGGGAUGUAUCCUCUGCCCUACAUGAAGAUGGUCUUCCCUCUUCUGAUGAUUUUACUUGUGCCUAUCAGGAUCAGUUUUCUUCCUCGAGUGAUUGAAGCAAAGUACCUGGACAUCAUGGAUGCCCACCACAUGUAGAAACAGCAGC